AAUUCCUCCAGAAUUCGGUUCAUCGAGUCACUUCUGCGCAUGCGCAACCUUCCCGGAAGUCCCGGCAGCCUAAGCAGAUGAUAGAUCAACAACCUAAAGAAACAACACCGGAUCGACGACAGCGGCAGGAACGCGCAGUAACCGUCUCAGGACUAGAGGCUGCACAAAGACUCCAGAAGUAAUCAGAGUCAAUAUCUUUGGAUUUUUUUGUGUAUACUGAGGCUGCCUAGGAGGACCCCCUUCCCACCCCACAUCCCCACCACUGCUCCUCCACCAUGACCACCCGUGGGAACGCUAGGACUAAUGGGAACCUUCCCCAGACCAAGAUCUGCCAGUUCAAGUUGGUGCUGCUGGGAGACAUGGCAGUGGGCAAGUCCAGCCUGGUCCUUCGCUUCGUCAAGGGCCAGUUUGAUGAGUUCCAGGAAACCACCAUUGGAGCUGCUUUCUUGGCUCAGUCAGUUUGCCUGGACGACACGACAGUGAAGUUUGAGAUUUGGGACACAGCUGGACAGGAACGCUACCACAGCCUGGCACCUAUGUACUACCGCGGAGCCCAAGCAGCCAUCGUAGUGUUUGAUAUUACAAAACCGGAGACGUUUGAGCGAGCGAAGGCCUGGGUGAAGGAACUCCAGAGGCAGGCCAGUCCCAACAUCGUUAUUGCACUGGCAGGAAACAAGUCAGACCUCGCUGACAAGAGACUGGUGGAGUACGAGGAAGCUCAGACGUACGCUGAAGACACAGGAUUGUUGUUCAUGGAGACUUCUGCCAAGACUGCUAUGAACGUGAAUGAGUUAUUCCUGGCCAUUGCGAAGAAGAUGCCGAAAACAGACACUCAGAACCCGACACACGCCGCCCGACACAGGGGAGUCAACUUGCAGGACCCAGACGCCCAAUCCAGCAGGAGCUGCUGCGGGAACUAGACAUCUCUCUGUCCACAAUCUACAUCAAGAAGGGAGACCACCAAAGCCCUUUACCCUCGUUCCCUAUCCUCCACCCUUUCACCUCCAAGACUGACACGGAGAGAGAGAGAGAGAGAGAGAGAGAGAGAAAGAGAGAGAAAGAAAAAGAGAGAUGAAGAAAGAGGAGAAAUUUGGAUCCUUUACUGACACUGGAAAUGAUUUCUGAACAGAGAUGUGGUAUAAAGUGCAUGAUUGGUGAGAACACUUGUCCUGUAGACUACAGGACACUCAAUACAGGGCACUUAAUGGUGGAUGUCUGAUCCUGUUUAUUUUGCCAACACUCAUUUUUGCCUGCACACGCAUUUGGGAAUGGCAAAUCUUAAUAGAACAAGAAAGGGAAUAAAACAUUCUACUCUCUAACGGCUUCUCAGCAUUAAGAAGAAAUAAAGCACCUUAAUCUCGCCCCGAUCAAAGCACCCUAUUGAAAUUAGAUGGAAAUGUUCGCGUUUGGUCAUCAGCAGCCCUGGACACUUUCUCCUGCAUGUAUGGCGACUUUAUCUUCAACAGCUUGUAAAAUCCUGGACAGACAACAUCUUUUCUACCACCCACCCCCCACCUUCCCCCCGCUCUUCUUCCAUACUCUCUGUUCAUAUCUGCCUUGAUUCUAUAUUUGUUGGAAACUACUGAUUAAGUCAUCUGUGUUGUAUGCGUGUAAGUAACAUAAAUAUAUGAUUGGUAGCAAUCCUACACUGAAAAAUUAAAGUCUCGCUCUUAGACAAUAUCUGAGUACCGACACACGACUCACACCGAUCCCGUCGUCGUCUUCUUCUUCUUCUUGUGCUGUUGCAACAACAACAAAAUAGCACCUGCAGUCCAUCGCUUUUUAUGCAGACGACAGAAAAUUCUGACAUUGCACAGAGGAAAAGUGUGGCUGAGUUAAAGGGAGAAAAAAAAAGAAGGAAAGGUUAGAGGAGAAAAAAAAAAAAAACAGAAGUGCCUACUCUCCGUGUUCUUUGUUUUGGGCCUGCUCGGGAUGCUUUGAGUUGGCAGAUGUAUAGCAGAACUUUGAGACCCCGAGGGUUUCAAGUCAGUUUCUGUUCAAGUUCUAGCUCUUAACCUACCCAAAGCACCUAAACAGUGUUCUACACAGCGGGUUUUAUUCCUUUGUGUGUGUUUAGAGCUGGAACAGAGAAAGAAAAAAAAACGACUGGAUCGAGACCCUCUGGCCUAAAGUGCAUCAAUAACCUGCAACGUUACUGUUUGUUUAAAAAAAAAAGAACGAUUCUUUUUAUCGUUUUGUUUUACGGAUGCUGUAUGCUGUUGGUUUUUGUGUACAAAGAUCUAGUAAUAAUCUACUGAGUUUAUUUAAAAUUAGUUUUAGUCUGUAAUUUUAUUGGUUGCCAAUCCGGUUUUCUUGUCAUUUAAGGAAUGACGAAAAAGCAUCUACGUGGAUUGAAGUCAUUUGUCACGUCUCUUACAAUCCAGUUUUUUUGUGCGUGUGGGAUUUUGAUCAUCUGUUAACACAUGUGAACUGGAAAAAUCAAAUAAAGCUGUGCUGUCUGCAACCAAA